AGUUCUGUCAAUGACUUUUGACAGGUAUACAUACAUUCAGAACCGGCACAACCACAGGUGUCCAGAGAAAUUUCCGUGUAAAACAUCUUCGUGCAUGUUCCUUCUUCAGUUUGAAGCUUCCCAUGGAGACCGUGGAGCUCAAGGUAGAGAUGUAUGGCAUUCACAGCGAGAAAAGAAUUAGAAGAUGUCUGUCCAAACUAAGAGGUGUGAAGAUGGUGGAGGUCGAACUAAGAAGUAAAAAGGUGGUAAUACGAGGAGACACAGAUGAGAGAAGAAUAGUGAAGGCUCUGAGAAGAACUGGAUUCAGAUCAGAACCAUGGUGCAGUAAGACGGAGAUGCUUCUCACUGCAUAUAAUGGUGGCAAAUACAGAAGCUUGUGGAUUAUUAAUCAUUUUCUGUUCUAAUUAUCAGCCGCAAAAAAGAAAAAGUGAGGGCAAAAAACAUCCUUCACAAGAAAUUAGUUAUUUACCGUUUGUUUCAAAUUAGCAAAAUGCAUGAAGUUAGUUAUUUAACUUAUUUUGAUGUCUAUUUUGAAUGUGCUAAAUGAAUCAAAGAAGAGGCAUGCUCUUAGCUUAACU